AUGUCUGCCGGUCGCCAAGGAUUCUCCGUUUACGUCGGAAACAUUCCAUACCAAGCUACCGAGGCCGACAUCGGAAACUACUUCAGCCAAGUUGGCCAGGUUUCCAACGUUAGAAUUGUCUUCGAUCGUGAAUCUGGACGCCCAAAGGGAUUCGGAUUCUGUGAGUUCGCUGAGGAGGCUGGAGCUCAGAGAGCUGUUGAGCAACUCAAUGGAACUCCAUUCAACGGAAGAAACCUCCGUGUCAAUUUCGCCAACAACUAA